AUGACCAAUUUGGAGGAGAAAAUAAACAAGCAGAUUUAUCUGUGGGGGAAAAUAGAAGGCAUACAAAAUGACUAUUACAUAGUCUACUACCUCAAUCAUGAUAAGUUUUUUCCAAAAAAGAAAUUUUACUACUGUAAUGAUGAUUACGAAUUUAGGGAAGUGACAAAGGGGAAUGAUAAGUUAAUAGAGAAAGUGGAGAAGAAGACGCCCUUCACCCUGUUCACAGGGGUGCCUGGCAGUUUAUAUUCUGAGGGUCGCAAGUCGAGGAAGGGGCAGGGCGGAAGUCACAGCGGUGGGAUCGAAGGUGGAAGCGCCGGAAGUGACAGUAGCGAAGCCUCCCUAAGUGACAGCGAAAAAAGUAGCAACGGACAGAGUAGCGCCGGGCAGAGCAGCGCCGAGCAGAGUAGCAGCGGACAGAGUAGCAGCGAAAAUAGUGACAACUCCAAAAGUGGGCAUCAAAAUAGUGACGGCGCCCAGGGGAGACACCAAAAUGGGGACUCACAAAGCGGCGAAAGCGAAAUGGAAGGAGGAACCCCCAAAAAGGAAAAAAAAAACAAAGUGGAAAAAAAUAAAAAGAAAGAAAGACAGAGCGAUAUCACGGAGCUUGAGAGACUAUCCUAUGUUGUUAGAAAAAUCGACGAAGAAGCAUUUAUUGUACCUUACAAUUCUGUAAAAAUAACAAAUAACUUAGAAAUGAAAUUUGCCAACUUUAGUGGAUUGAAUAUGAUAGAAGCACUAAAAUUAACAUCGUGGGUUCACUUUAGAUACCCUAAAAAUUUAACGUACGAUAAAAUUAAGAGUUACAAUACUUUUUUUUUGAAUAAUUUUCUCGAUUCUAUCAAAUCAGAUGUUCCAGCAAGCAUGUGGAAUGUAAAAGUUAAUAAGCAGUUAAGCAAAAUUUCCAUAAUGAAUUGUUUGUACCCUGGCAAUGGGAUUCCCAACUAUGACCUCCCGUUUUUGUUGCCUUAG